AUGCCCGUUGAGCUUCGCAAGCGCAAAGAAGCUCCCCCAGCGCCAGUGCGCCCGGCCAAAAAGAAGGCUCCCGCGAAAGCCAAGAAGCCUGAAAGCGAGAAGACAACUGUCGAGAAGGUUCAAGAAGCUGUUGUUGAGAAGGUUGAAGCUGUCAAGGAGGCUGUUGUCGGCAAGACGAAUGGCGCGACUGCUACUGCUGGCGGCGCGCUCAAGGUCGGCGACACAAUCGACCUGGCUUCGUUUGGCGGUGAGGUAGAGACAAACGAUGGCAAGAAGACAACGUUCGCGAAGCUUGUAGAGGAGAGUAAGGGUGGUGUUGUGCUGUUCACGUAUCCGAGGGCUUCAACGCCAGGCUGCACCAAACAAGCCUGCCUCUUCCGCGACUCUUACGCUCCCCUAACUGCAACUGGGUACUCCAUCUACGGCCUCUCAAACGACAGCCCCAAGGCCAAUACAACGUUCAAGACGAAGCAGAAUCUCCCCUACACGCUGCUGUGCGAUCCUGCACAGACGCUUAUCUCAGCCAUUGGGUUGAAGAAGGGACCCAAGGGCACCAAUCGCGGCGUCUUUGUCGUCGACAAGUCGGGCAAGAUUCUUGCGUCUCAACCUGGAGGUCCCGCUGCGACUGUUGAGGUGGUGAGAGAGCUGGUUGACGGGAAUGCAGAGGAUGUUCCUACAGUAGGGGACGUAAAGAAACAAGAGGACGAGGAGGCUGCGAAGACGGCUGCUGAAGUUGCUGAUACUGCCGCGAAGGUUGAUAGCAAUUAG